GCUGCUUUUUUCUGGGGGGUGGGGGUCCUGGCUUUAGGAUGUUAGCAGCUAAGUAAAAGGUCAAAAACACCCGAGGAAAUUUUAGCAUGGGGAGAGAUGAUGGAGGAUAAAGAAGCUACCCAGGAAACCCCAUCUCUCCUCCCCAACAAUAGCACCGUCAAGUUGGAAGAGUCCCCUAGGAAAUCAGCCACCGCUGGCGGUGUUCUCGGGGUCGGCAGUGGCGGCGGCGAUAGGUUGAAGAGGGAUGAGUGGAGCGAAGGCGCGGUUUCGAGCCUUCUCGAGGCCUACGAAGCCAAAUGGGUGCUCAGGAACCGGGCCAAGCUCAAGGGUCACGACUGGGAAGAUGUUGCGCGCUUCGUUUCGUCCCGGGGCAAUUGCACGAAGUCGCCCAAGACUCAAACGCAAUGCAAGAACAAGAUUGAGUCCAUGAAGAAGAGAUACCGGACGGAGUCCGCCGCCGCCGACACGUCCUCCUGGCCGUUGUAUCCACGUCUCGAUAUGCUCCUGCGCGGCACCGCACCGCCGCAGACGCCUUUGCCCCCGCCGACGUUUUCUCAGCCGCUGGCCCCUAAUCCACCACCUUUGAUAUUGUUAGAGCCGUCCUCUGCUGCAGCCGCGCCACAACUGCUGCCGCUUCCGGGUCCGCCGCCGCCUGGUAAUGCCCAGAAUUCUCAUGGAUCCAAUGGAGUUGACAAGUUGCCCAAGGAAGAUGGAGCGGGAACCAAAUUAUCAGAUCAAGUAUCUGACAAGAAUCCAGUGGAGACAGAUAGCAGCACGCCGGCCCUUUACAGUGAUAAACAGAAGUCGUCAAGGUCGAAGAAACAUAAGACGGUGAUGAAGAUGGAAAAGAACAAGAAGAGGCGAAAGAGAGAAGAGUACGGGAUUGCCGAGAGCAUCCGGUGGUUAGCAGAAGUCAUCGUGAGAUCCGAGCAAUCGAGGAUGGAGACGAUGAAGGAGUUGGAGAAAAUGAGGAUCGAGGCCGAGGCGAGGCGAGGCGAGAUGGAUCUCAAAAGAACCGAGAUCAUCGCUAAUACCCAGUUGGAAAUCGCAAAGCUCUUUGCUGGGAGCAAUAAAGGGAUUGAUUCUUCCUUAAGAAUUGGAAGAAACUAAGGUGGACUAUGUGAAGCUUAUGAUGAUAAUUAUGAUUGUGUUAUGGUAAUGUGUGUAAAGAUCACCUAGACUUUGUGUACUAACACUGUGAAAAUGGCUAGAAGGACCGGAAGAUGAGGUGAUGAUUGCCUAAAUCUCAGCAUUGUACCUCUCUUUUGGUGUAAAAAAUUCUAUGCCUCAUCUUCAUGUUCUCUUUCAA